AUGAAGUUUGCCAAAGAAUUGGAGCAUGAGCUGGUUCCUGAGUGGCGGGCCAAAUACCUCGACUACAAACUCGGGAAAAAGAAAGUCAAGGCAAUAUCGCGCGCCAUUAACAAGGCAAACCGCACACCGACUUAUGCUUCUCUGAGACGUCCUACAGUUGGGGCCGAGCUCUUGGAUACUCCAGCUGGCUCCAACCGGUCCGCAUCGUUUCGUCGCGCAGAGAAACGAAUUGAAGGAGGAGGCACACAGAACAAUCUCGCGAGUCCGAACCUUACGACAAGGUCCACCCCCGGUCAGCGACAUGAGCUACAGCCUCUGCGAGUGCCAGGCUCUCGGUUUUCUGCCGUGCAUGGAAGCUAUGGCAGUAUUAUCGCAUCACCGCCGAUGCGCCCGGGUACGUCAGACGCCGCAUCUCUUGAGCUGCCUGGUCCGGCUCUGGAUGUCGACGAGGAUUCCCGUUACUCGGAUCAGUAUCUGGAUUUACCAAUCUCCCCGAAGACUACGCUGCCCAGACAUGGCAACAAAAGAACCGUCUCCAGGGGAAAUACCCACCUUAGUCCAUCGAUAGCAAAACAGUCGAGUGCCAAGAAUAACGAGACCAAAAGACCCGCGACGCCUGGAUCCUCCAUUAGGCGCAAUUCCCGGAUUUUGAAACGUAUGCUAUCUACAACUGACUCGCCGGAGAAGCUUGUAGAGGCUGAUCAACGGUCCGAUGUUGAGAAGAAGCAAGACGAGUUCUUUGCAUUCCUUGACGGCGAACUGGAGAAAAUCGAAUCGUUCUACCAGAUGAAGGAGCGAGAAGCGACUGAACGCUUAAAGGUGCUCCGGGAGCAACUGCAUACCAUGAGGGAUCAGCGCAUACAAGAAGUGUACCACGCUAAGCGGCACCGGACCGGAGAGGGUGAGCAGCAGCCGUCAGAAACACGCGGUGGCUUGAAUGGCCGCAGGAUCAGAGCUGCCAUCACGGGACGCCGGAUUGGAAAGAACUCCAAGGCACUAGCGGCUUUGGCUACUCCCGGAGGCGAACAGCCGCAGGAUGGUGAUGCUAUUACCAGGCGCAGAGACUUCACGCGUCACCCGACUGAGCUGCAACAGCUACCAAAGUCAGAAGUGCCUUAUCGCUCGGCAAAGAGAAAGUUGAAGUAUGCCCUGCAGGAGUACUACCGAGGCGUAGAACUCCUGAAAUCCUACGCCUACUUGAAUAGGACUGCCUUUCGGAAAAUCAACAAGAAGUACGACAAGGUGGUUGAUACACGACCGUCGAUGAGGUACAUGGCAGAGAAGAUCAACAAAGCAUGGUUCGUUCAAAGUGAAGUAACUGAAAGCCUGCUUGCUACUUCAGAGGAUCUUUAUGCUCGCUAUUUCGAGGGUGGCAAGCGGAAGAUCGCUGCCUCAAAGCUUCGCCAUACUAUCAGGAAGUCCGGUGAUUACUCGCCAAGUACUUUCCGUUGUGGCCUGCUGGGGAUGGCUGGUCUUCUAUUUGCUAUCCAGGGUCUGAUUUACGCAAGUGAUCGCAUGGAUAACCCUGAAAUAAGUGGACAGACAAGUUACUUACUCCAGAUUUAUGGGGGAUAUUUCCUAGUCGUUUUUCAUUUCUUGCUCUUCUGCGUAGACUGCAUGGUCUGGAAUAAGGCCAAGAUAAACUAUGUUUUUGUCUUCGAAUACGAUACUAGACACGCACUGGAUUGGCGCCAGUUAGCUGAGCUUCCUUGCUUUUUCUUGUUCAUGUUGGGCCUUUUCAUGUGGCUCAACUUUUUGACGGUCAAUGAUAUGUAUAUCUACUGGCCUGUCGUCCUUGUUGGACUCACUAUGGUCGUGUUGUUUCUACCGCUACGCGUCCUAUACCACCGAAGUCGCAAAUGGUGGGCAUAUUCUAAUUGGCGUCUUCUGCUGGCGGGUCUGUACCCUGUCGAGUUCCGUGAUUUCUUCCUGGGGGAUAUGUACUGUUCCCAGACGUAUGCAAUGGGGAACAUUGAACUAUUCUUUUGUCUCUACUCAAGACACUGGGGAAGCUCGUCAAUGCAGUGUAAUUCGUCUCACUCCAGGCUGCUUGGAUUCUUUACAACUGUUCCAUCCAUUCUGCGAGCUUUCCAAUGUAUCCGCCGAUAUGUGGACACAAAGAAUGUGUUUCCACAUCUUCUGAACUUUGCCAAAUACAUGUUUGGGGUACUCUAUUACGCCACCUUGAGCAUGUAUCGCAUCAACAGAACGACCCGAUUCCAGGCCCCUUUCAUUACAUUCGCACUGUUGAAUGCUGUAUAUGUUACAGUCUGGGACCUGGCAAUGGACUGGAGUCUAGGCAACCCCUACGCCAAACAUCCUCUGUUGCGCGAAACCCUGGCGUUUAGAAGAGCAUGGGUUUAUUACGUAGCCAUGGUUAUUGACGUGGUCGUACGUUUCAACUGGAUCUUCUACGCCAUUUUCGCCCACGACAUCCAACACUCCGCCGUGCUCAGCUUCGUCGUCUCUUUCUCGGAAAUUUGCCGACGAGGCAUCUGGACUGUAUUCCGAGUCGAGAACGAGCACUGCACAAACGUCCUUCUAUUUCGCGCCUCCAGGGACGUUCCCUUACCUUAUACUGUGUCCUCUACGGAUGGUCAAAUCGAGCAACCACAACAGCCUCCCCAGCCAGAAGUCCACGAGGCCCAAGCCUCUCUCACGGUCCCGCCAACGCACGAUCUGGAAGAAGCAGUGCCAUCACCCGGUGCUGCCUCAGUGCGCCCCCGGGCACUUAACCGCGUUGGAACCAUUAUGGCCUCCGCUCACGCGCAAGAUUUCCAGCGCAAGAGGCGGCCCGACGAGAUGGCUGGGGCUACUGUGGCGCAUGGUCCGCAGGAGUCCCCUGAUGAUUCCAGUGACAAUGACGAGGACGAUGAGACCCAGCCGUACAGGGAUUCGGAUGAUGCGAUUGAGGAAGAGGUACCGUCCGAUGAUACUCGGUGA